AUGUACCAGGCAAUCCCCUACAGCGCGGGGCGGCUGCCGGCGUGGCCGCGGCGGUCCGAGCAGGCCGAGGCCGACGGCGCGGCCGGCCAGGAGGGCGCGCUCGCCGACGCGGCGGCGAGGGGCGACGGCGGGGAGGCGGUGAGGCGGGCGGUGGCGGAGAGCCCCGUGCUGGUGGUGGGGAGGCGCGGGUGCUGCCUCAGCCACGUGGUGAAGCGGCUGCUGCAGGGGCUCGGGGUGAACCCCGCCGUCCACGAGGUCGCCGACGAGGCCGAGCUCGCCGCGGCGGUGGCCGGGGACGCCGGCGGCGAGGCCGUCGUCGCGCUGCCGGCGGUGUUCGUGGGCGGGAGGCUCCUCGGCGGCCUCGACCGGCUCAUGGCCGUGCACAUCUCCGGCGAGCUCGUGCCCAUACUCAAGGACGCCGGCGCGCUCUGGCUCUGA